AUGGCAGUUCAAGAAGAUGAGAUUCUCAAUUAAGUUGAAUAUAAUUAGGCACUCAGCGAAGAUCAAGAAGAUUCCAACCAGGAAUAAAUCUAAAAACCUGACCUCCCUUUAAUGAAUAGUAGCUCAAAAAAGGCUGCUAGUCGAUCUGAUGAGGAGGAGGGCGAGAAAUAAAAAAAAAAGACAGGUAAGAAAAAACCGGCCCAAAGAAGAGAUGAUAAUUAUUUGAAAAUCAUCGAGUACUCAGAUCUAAAAAUACAAGCCUAUAUUCUUUCAUCAAAGGAGGAAGACAUAACAACAUCUUACGAGUUGACAAUAACAUUUUCAUACUAAGAUUAUCAGUAUAGUGUUAACUGUAAAGCUGUAAUUCUUUGUGAACCCAAAUAACCCUUUACUUUAAGUCCAAUUAAAUUCGAAGAUGCUAUAAGUAACAGUUAAUUUCCCCCCUUCUUCCUUGUCGACACUUAUUUCAAUGUGGACUUAUAGUUAAACUCGAACUUAUAGUCUUUCAAUUAAUUGCUAGAGGUAAAACGGAAUACAUAAGCUGAGAAGAAAGAUGAAGACAGUCCCCAUCAAUUUACUAAGAGACAGAGCAAGAUAGCAAAUACUUAGGUAUUGAAUGGGGCACCGACUAAGCCAAAGAGGAGGAAGAAACGAGAAGCAGCUGAAAUGAUGGAAUUGAUCCAUGUAUUUGAUUUCGAGUGCUCUCCUCGUUUGAAUCAAAUCUUGGUGUCUCUUAUGAUUCAACAAUACAGCCAUAAAAUCACCAAAUACUUAAUCACCAUUAAUGACGUUUACUUUAUCUUUAAUGAGAAACCCUCUCUUGACAAGUAGGAAGUUCAUAGAAUCCUCAUUUUUUAUGAACAUUUCGAUUAUAGUCUGUCAGAACUGAGUGAAUAUCUACAUACUCAGAAACUGCAAUUGUCUCACAUCUGUCAUCUCUAGCUCUCAUUAAAUUUACUGUAAAUCUUGUAUUACACCUAUACGUCUUAUCUCUACAGAUUGAAUAUUACGUUGAAUACAGUGUUCUGGGUCAGCAAGGUCAAGAAAUUCAAGUUGUAAACCUUUGGGAGAAUAUAGAAUUUAUUGGAUUUGGAUGGUAAGGAUUUUUAUUAGAAAUUUAAAACGGCUAAUGAGGGCAAAAUCAAUGUAUUUUAUAGAGAUUUUGAUAGAGACUUUGGAGCUGUCUUAGACAUCAUAGCCUACUUUAAGGAUUUAAGUAAGGAGAUAUCCUAAAUCAAGAAGAUGAGAAGGAAGAGAAAGAACUUGCCUGAAGGAGAGACCUAUUAUAGCAAGUACAUCAUUAUGUAUGACGAACUCUUCGCAGAUAAUGUCGAUUCCUUAUUUUUGGGGUUGGUAAGAUUGAAAUUCUUUGAUAACAAUUCAUUUGAUUAGAUACUUGAGGAGAUAAAAUCAAUCAUAGUGACUAUAGACAAAUUGAUAAAGCAAGAGACUGCAAAAAUUGAAUCAGAUAAAUUGGAAAAAGAAUAAGAAAUAUAAGAAUAAUAGCAGUAGGCAUCAUAACAUGUGAUUGAAGUGAAAUUAGAGGAUGACGAGGAUGAGGAAGAACUACAUAAAUUGCAGUCAUUUAAUUUCGCCUUGGAGAGAAAAAAGAAAAAGGACUUGACUCAAGAACAGUACUUGUAUUACUAGAUGAUUUACUCAUCUCUCUUCUAUAACUAAAAUUUUAAUAUGGUGUGUGAUUAAUUUUUGGAGAUUACUAAGAAUCAAACAUUGAUAGCUUAUGCUCAACUUCAUUACUCUAUUUGGAGAAAGCUAAGUUCAGUGGUUAAGGAGGGAUACAGUUUGGAAUAGUAGACAACAUUACUUUCGAUCUCUAAGAAUGUGACAUAACUGACUUUGUCGUAGGAUUCAUUUCAUUACUAUCUUUUGUUAGAGUUGAUCACUAAGAUUAGAGAUAAACCAUUCAAUAUCAUAAAUCAUUUGAAAGCCUUGGUGUAGGAGUAAAACUUUAAGCGAAAACGGCAAGUGAAGCCAAAACUGAGUAGAAAUCAAAAGUUCAAUGGGAUAAUUGAAAUGCGUAAAGCAAUCUUCUUAGAUUUGUUCUUUAUUGAUCAUUACGUCAGUGAUCAUCAAUAUCACAAGGCAAUUUAUUUGAUGCAAUUUGAUUUGUCGUCUUAAUUGAAAUUCAACCUGAAAAACUAUAUGCUCUAUACUCAGUCGCUCUUUUUGAAUGGAUUGUUGUGCGAAAAGACUCUCUAGUCAGUAUCAGCAAUGCUGAAUUUGGAAAUCUCAAAAUUGUUGUACGAUUAGUUCUUUCCCAAUACAAAGAUCGUUUACAUUGAGGAUGAGACUCAACGGUAAGUGACAAAGGAGUAGAUGGACAGUGCAAAAUAAUACACUUCAAAAAUUAUUCAUUAUGAUAAUCAAGCAUGUGAGAAUAUGAAUGUGCUUGAUUUUCAUUUGGGAAAGGUGUAUUUCUCAAUUCAUGAUAAGGAGAACGCGUUGAAAUGUUUAAGGAAGGUAAAAAAAGCCAGACAAAAGAAAUUUGAUAUUUUAUCUGAUGAAGUCAUCGAAGUGAUCAUUGAAAUAUUGCGAAUAUUGGUGGAACAGGAUGAUAGUGGGGCAGCGGCAGAAAUCUGUUAUGAGUAUCAAUAGAAAUUCAAGGAACAAUACAAAAAAAAUGCCUUUUUUAAAUCAAGGUACAUUGCUCGUUUAUAAUUGAUCAUGGGAGCAAUAUUCGAAUAAAAUGGGAUGUUGUUGAGUUCGUUGAGGUACUUCUAAAAGGCCAAUAAAACAUUCAAUUAAUCGAGGUCCAAUUCUUACAUCUUGCAGAUUCAUAUUAGAAUGAGGAUAAUGAAGUUGAUAUCGGCCAUUAAGAACAAGGCACUCUCACUAAACUCAAUCAAUAAAGGACAGACGAAGCAAUUCAAUUACUAGACAGGAUACAUGUCAGAAACUGUGAAGCCUUACUUUAACAAUUAGUUUCUGAGACAAGCAAUAGAGGAGAAGUAGGCUUAAGUCAAUUAAGUCAUUUUUAACAAUUUGCUUAAGAUAUAUUCAUUAUUUCGCCACCAAGAGUACGAUAAGGUGUAAGACAAAUUAAAUAGGUUGCACAAUGUGCUCAAAAAGAGGAAGGUCGAUGAAUGUUAUGGAUAUACUCUGCAGAAAAUAGGAAUCUAUAAUGCAACUCAUAGUAGUUAUGUUUAAGCAAUCAAUUAUUUGAAACUGGCUACUGAAAUCCACGAAAGAUUCCUGAUAUUCCCUUUGAAGGAAAUAAGACAGUUACGAUGUCAAAUUCUGAUCCUUCAUUGUUGGAUCCAGUUGGAGAAGAAGAAGGAGUACCAAGAUCAAUUGAAUUACAUAGAUUCAUUAGUCACAUCAAUCAAUGAGAUGCUUUCUUGGAGUAAUAUCCCAUAUAAACCUAUAACGAACAAGUUCACAGUUUUGUCAUUGAAACUUGGCAAACAAAUUAUAUAUCAAUUAGAUGAGAUGAGUCAAAUAAUCGAGAAAUUCCAAAAGACCAGAUAUAAACUAAUUGAACAUCUGUCAAAUCCAUCUAAGUUGAAGUCAGUGGCAGCCAAGUACUUAAAGCACCUUAUCAAAGCCACUGAGAAGGAGCAAAUUAAAAAAAAAAGUCAUAGUGAUUCCAGGUAAUCCUGUCUAUUUGGUCUGUUGAGUCGACAGAAUGUGAGACCCAAAAAAGUGGCAGCGAUUGUUGCACAAAACAAAUCUAACACUUAAACUGAAUUCGAGUAUUAGGAAACUCAAAAAUCAACCAAUACAAGGAGAAGCAAUCUAAAACACAGAGAAAAUACGAGUUUUUAGUUUACAUCCGAGAAAUCUCACUAAAUCAUUCAGUAAUUGGAAGGUGCAUAAACACAGAAAUCCUAAUUCUUGGAGGAUAAUUUGGAAACGGAAAGAAAUGGCAAUUUGCACAUUUCGUAUAAUAUCAAGGAGAACACCAAUACAAAGUGCAGUACUGGUAUGCCGUCGAUGGCUUAAUUGAAUAUGACACCAAUCAGUGAAAUGUCCAAAUUAUCACAGAAAUCGCCAAAGUAAAAGGGAAACAAAGAUUAAAAGAAACUUAAAAUUAACCCAUUUUAAAAGAUUACUCGAAAAUGA